CCCCGCCGGCGACAGCGCUGCGCGCCCACUCUGAUCGCUGCGCCAGGCUCCGCUUCCAGAGCUCCGGCGACCUACACGCCAAGAGCCAGGCUGGGAAAGACCCUCCUCCCCUGUUCCACUUCCUAUGUGCGGUGUCGGUGGAAAAGCCAGGCUUGGCUCUCUGCGCCUAGGAAGAGAAUCGAGGGACAGCCUAUACGAAGGUUUCUGGAGACAUUCAGGCUCUCUCCAUUUACGGGAGGUGGCAGAAGCCUUCAGAAGAGAGAAAGGGUGCUCGCUGGCUACCAAGCAGCUCCCAACCUGAAUGGAGUGAAAGAUGCGGCCUGAUGACAUAAAUCCGAGGACUGGACUGGUGGUGGCCCUGGUCAGUGUUUUUCUGGUCUUUGGCUUCAUGUUCACUGUCUCUGGCAUGAAGGGGGAAACUCUGGGGAACAUCCCUCUGUUGGCCAUCGGGCCAGCCAUCUGCCUACCAGGCAUCGCAGCCAUUGCCCUGGCCAGGAAAACCGAGGGAUGCACCAAGUGGCCAGAGAAUGAGCUACUCUGGGUCCGCAAGUUACCCUGUUUCCGGAAACCCAAGGACAAGGAAGUGGUGGAACUGCUGAGGACCCCCUCAGACCUGGAAUCCGGCAAGGGGAGCUCAGAUGAACUGGCUAAGAAGGCAGGCCUCAGAGGGAAGCUGCUCCCACAGGGGCCAGGUGAGGUGCCUAUGGCCAGCUCCAUUACCACCCCCACCCGCACAGAGGAAGCAGAAUGCCAGAGUCUAGUCCAGAGUGGGCGUCAGGAGGAGACGUCCAGAUAUCUGGAUGGCUACUGCCCCUCGGGCAGUUCCCUCGCCUACAGUGCCUUGGACGUCAAGGGCUCAGCUGACCACCCUGAGCCCGAGGACAGCAUCUUCUUUGUACCCCAGGACAGUAUCAUCGUUUGCUCCUACAAGCAGAACAGCCCUUAUGACAGAUACUGUUGCUACAUCAAUCAGAGCCAAGGCAGGUGGGACCACGAGACAAUAGUCUGAUCUGGGCAUCCAAGGGUCCCGUGUUGACAGACACGUUGCUACACUCAGCUCCCAAUGGAAAAAAAUCUCUGCUCCAACAGCCUUCGUACUCUUAGAAACUGGCAUGGUAUGUGAUGGGGUGCAGACCUCUGGUGCCUGAUACUUGUGUAAAUAGGCAUGUAGUGGGCAGAUUCUAGGGAGGAGCUGAGGAUUACUUCUCUUUAGGGAAGAGGAAGUAAAUAGGGAAAAAAGUUCCAUUUGCUUCUGAACAAUUUAAACAAUGUUGAAUGCUUUGUAAAGCAGCCCCCAAAGUGCUAAGGAAGCCCCUGGUGACAGUCAGGGGCAUCUAGAGAGAGCCAGGUAUCAAAGGAUGCAGGGCUGUCCACACAGAAGCUGGCUACGUGUGCCUGAAGAAAGGGGAGGAAAAGUUUGUGUUCCUUUAUACAAAAUGAGUUUUGCCUGUUGAAAAUGUUGAAAAGCUUUUCAUGUAUGGUAGCUGCUGGAAGAAAUAAAAAUCAAGAUAGAAUAGGUAAACGCUCCUCCUUAAAUGGAUUGGAUUUUGGAGGAAGGGGAGUUAAAAAUAGCUGGAGUGUAUAAUUGAGUCCUGAGCCUCUAGCAAGGUCACGUUUCAAAUAAAGUGUUGAUUAUGUUAUGUGAAAAGUUAUUAUUUCAGAUGGCUGUGUUACGUCUUAAACUCUUCAUUUGAGUUGAUUUGCUGGAACUUUACCUGAAGUUUUUAAAUAUUUACCAACAUUCGUGUAUUUCCUUACCAGGUGCAAAAUGACUUGAUUAACAUUUUCAUAGAUUAGAAUUUCUUUUUAUCAAGACAAAACAAAAUUUACAUAUACACAAACACAUAUAUGUAUGUCUCUCUGUCUUCAAUAUUGCGUAGAGGCAUGUACUAGGAAUUACUAUAUGCCUUUUAAAACAUGCAACUGCAAAGUGAAUUAACUAGUCCUGAACAUUAUGAAAAAUUCGAAUGAAAUGCAACGGUUAUAAGCCUCUGGAAAUGCUGUCGUGUGUACAUUUGUUCAACAACCUCCUGCCCCCAACCAUGACUGUAAAUGCCAAUGAAGCAAGAGUUCAUUUGUAAGAUUGAAUUGAAGCUCAUAUUUCAUUAAGAUUCACUGGAUCAGUAAAAUUUACAUGAUAAAAAUCUCAGUAUUUCCUAUUUUGUGGCUGAGGGAAGAAACAUCAUAAUAGUAUCCCAAAAUUUAUUUUCUGUUUUUCUUGCUUAAUUGCAACCGAUAAGAAGAAUAAUCAGCUGAAAUGUCAUUUUACCCCCUCUUGUAGAAUAAGUACAUUUAUAGGAACAGUGACAGAUUUAGUCUUAAGAAUUAGGAUUAUUUUAUACCCUUCAAGGAGAUUUAAUUCUAGUUAUUAUACCAAAUAGUUUUAGUCACCUCCCAAAAGGUGACUUGAGGACAAAAAAAUUGGGGAGCUCAUCUCUUUUAUGUAUCUCACGUUCAACUCUGUGAUGCUUAAGUCAACCGUCCUUUCUAAAGAAUUAUACUCGUAAAAGUCAUAAUUUUUGAAUGACGUUUGAGAUCAAAAGUAUGUCAUCUUUUUAGUCAGGCCUCAGUUAGAAAUGAGAUGUGUGAUCCUGGACAAAGUUCAUCUUCCAGCUCUUCAGUUUCCUGCUCUAUGGAAGGGGAAUGGGGAAAAGACUGAUUUACUCUAAAUUGUUUGCAUCAUUCAUUCCCAGGCAGCAGAUUCUGAAAUAGUAAAUCAAAGGGACUGUGUGUUGCAGCAAGUAAGCUACAGCAAAAUGCAUGCCCAUGUUAUGCAAUACAUGGUCAAAACCAUGCAAUGUGGAUUAAAUUGCUACUACUCAAAAGAAUUCUAUAGAUAUAUGAAAGCAGAUGUAUUCCAUUGCUAAAUAUUAUCUAUUAGACACCAAUGCAUUCCUGGGCACUGAAACUGAAAAUAUCGAGGGUAAGAUAUGUUUGAAGGAAAAAAAAUGUUUUAAUGUUGAUGCAACCCAAAGCAAUGCCAUACAGCUUUGCAGCCCAUGGGCCUGACUCUAGGACUGUGGUAGUUUCCUAAGUCUCAAUAGCUGUUUCGAAAGCAGAAAAUAUGAUUUAUAUAGGGAAGGUUAUUGGAAAUGUCAUAACAAAAGUUUUCCCCCGUGUUUGCCACUGUUGGCAUUGUCAGAAGAGGGCAGAACGAUGUUUGUUUGGGCUCAGCGAGUCCUACAUGGUUCUGAGGAGAGAGGACUGGAGUGUCCGCUAAGGUCUGGAAUUUGGGGAAGUUGCCUUCUGGAAACAGUUUAGAAUGUUUCACAUAGUGUGGGCAUGUGUGCACAGAGUCCCGUUUCCAAAUCAAGGGUCAAAUACUGACUUAGAGAUAUAAGCUAUUUUUAAUCACAUUUUCAAGUUGCAUUUCAGAAAAACAUUCUUCCAUUUACCUAUUUAAAAUACAGAAGCUAUCUAAGUAUACAUUUGUGUAUGUCUUCCUGUGCUAAAUGAAUGGGUUUCAGAUGUCAAGCUGGGAGAUUUAACCUUCUUUACCCAAAGAAUAAAAUGUGA